CCGAAGCAACACGAGCGGGCCGCGUCGACGAAAUCUCCACUUGAAAUCGUCCAUUUCAAUUUCAAUCCCAGUGGCAUUCACUACGUUACUCCGUUGCUCCCGUGCUAACGUAAAGAUGUCGGGAAAUCUAGACAUUCUCGCUUUGAAGGAUGAGGAUGUUACGAAGAUGCUGGCCGCGACUACCCACGUCGGCAGCACAUCCGUGAACUUCCAGAUGGAAUCGUACGUGUUCAAACGUCGCCCGGACGGUGUGCACAUCAUAAAUCUUGGUCGUACCUGGGAGAAGCUGCUGCUGGCUGCACGUUGCAUUGCCAGCAUCGAGUACCCAGGUGAGGUCUUUGCCAUUUCGUCGCGUCCCUUGGGACAGCGUGCCGUUCUGAAGUUCGCCCACUACACCGAAGCAACCCCGAUUGCUGGCCGUUUCACACCCGGUGCCUUCACCAAUCAAAUUCAACCGGCGUUUCGUGAACCGCGUCUGUUGAUCGUAACGGAUCCAUUAACCGAUCACCAACCGGUGACGGAAGCGUCGUACGUCAAUAUUCCGGUCAUCGCGUUCUGCAACACCGAUUCGCCGUUGAAAUUUGUCGACAUUGCCAUUCCAUGCAACACCAAGGCUCCGCACUCGAUCGGUUUGAUGUGGUGGCUGUUGGCCCGUGAGGUUCUGCGACUGCGUGGCAAGAUUACCCACGACAAGUGGGACAUCAAGCCGGAUCUGUUCUUCUACCGUGAUCCCGAAGAAGCGGAGAAAGAACAGGCCGCCAUUGAAGCUGCACCGGUCGCUAAGGAUCAAUAUCCGGAUGAAGCCAUCGUUGCAGUGGAGGAAGGUGGUACCUGGACCAGCGAAGAUGCACCGGCUCCAGCUGCUGCUGUUGCUGCGCCUCCCGCUGCCAUACCGGCUUUGAUGCAGUCCGACGAUUGGAACGAAGACGAUACUCCGACCAAUGCUUCGUGGGGUGGCGGCGGCGCUUUCUAAUUCGCUGACUAAAUGGUCAGAAAUACUCUCUACAUGGAAUUCAUGUAGAGGAGAGGGCUUUAAAUGAAGCAUCAUAAAAAUAUAUGAACAAAAAAUA